GUACGCGGUCGUCGCGUGCACGACCCGACGCUCAGCAGUAUCAUAACGUCCCGAUCAACAUUCAUUUGUAAUAAAGUAUAAUAUCCGCUGUGGCCACUCGAGCCGCCCAUCUAAAAGUGCAAUAGGUUCGUCGCGAGUGUCAGCGUCGACGCGUUCUCUAGUGCCACUGAUGCCGUUACCGAUAUGCAGUGAAGUGUGUGCAUUAUAUCGUUUUCUAUUUCGACCUCGUUUAUAUGAAUCUAUGAAAUAUCUGAACGCGAAGCCGAAGCCGCGUUCCUGAGGGGCACACGGGAUACUGAGCCGCCCAAUCGAUGAGCCCUCGCGUUCGCUCCGAAUGACAGUUCGCACAUUGAUCGGGUUCAAUUCAACCAAAUGGUGAUUGGAUGACGAUCGCAGCACGCUCCCCAGAUAAGGAGCCGUCGCCACCAAAACAAAUUAACUUCGCCGAGCCGCUAGUGGAGUCUGUGCGUGUGUAUCUCGCAAAUGAAGUGCCUUCCAAGCAGCUAGCCCUCGUGCCCUGCGUGCCCGCGUGCCGGCCCUCGCCCCCGCCGACUCCUCCCGUCUGUGAUGUCGACAUAGCCUCUCAGACCGCUCGCGAAGAGAUCAAGGGAAUCAACUUCGAGGCGCGCUUCAAACGGAAUGACCUAAACAACAAUCCUCCUCGCCAACAAAACGACCAACCACAAAACGGCACCAUGCCCAGCCAAGCGGAACUCAUGCAGAGGCAACCGCUCUUGGCCCGCACCACCAAAACAGACGCACCGCAGCCAGCCACGGACGAGUCCGACCCUGACCAGGACCACUCUCCGCAGAGAACGCACACCGGCGACUUCAUCAUAGAGUUACCUCCGGGCACCGUCAGAGAAGAAAGAUACCCUAAAGAAAUAUGGAAAACGAUUCUAUCAUUUUUCUUCCUAUUCAUGUGUGUUUGCAUCAAUAUGAUUUCACUAUCGCUGGUGCACGAGCGACUGCCGGACCGGAACACGACGAAGCCGCUCAACGACAUAGUGUUAGACAACGUGCCGGCGCACGACUGGGGCCUGGCGGUCUCCGAGUACCUGAUCAUGGUGUCAACUACGGUCGCGAUGCUAGUGGUCGUGUUCCACAAGCACCGCUUCAUCGUGGCGCGUCGGCUGUUCUUCAUCAUCGGCCUGCUGUACUUGUACCGCUCGAUCACGAUGUUCGUGACCGUGUUGCCGGUGUCCAGCAUGACGUACACCUGUAGCCCAAAGAGCAACAGCACGGCCCCGCUGCUCAUCAUCAAGAGAAUGUUCUACUUGAUAUCCGGCUUCGGGCUCUCGAUAAACGGAAAACACACAUACUGUGGAGACUACAUAUACUCGGGGCACACGAUGGUGUUGGUGCUCAGCUAUCUGAUAGUCGCGGAAUACUCACCCAAGAAGUUGUGGCCAAUGCACUGGGCGAUGGCGGGCUCCGCCGUGAUGGGCGUCUCGUUCGUCCUGCUCGCCCACGGUCACUACACCGUGGACGUGGUGAUCGCGUACUACAUAACCACGAGACUGUUCUGGACGUUUCACUCGCUGCUCGUGACGCCACAUCGGACAGGAAACGGAUACAACCAUUACAUGAUACAGCGCGAGUGGUGGUACUGGGUGUUCACGUACCUGGAGCGCAACGUGAGGGGGCCGGUGCCGCGGCGGUACGACUGGCCGCUGCCCUGGCCCCGCACCAAACUCUUCAACCGGCUAAGCUAGUGACGCGCCCGAGCGACCCCGCCGCCGCCGGAGCGAGUAUGACGCUCACCUU